AUGCUAGUGGCCACCGUUCUGUUAAUGCUUACGUCUCUCGUUCUCGUGGCGUCGCAGCUCACCGGUUCCGGCACCGUAGCCGUUCUGAAAAGUACCCUUAACUCCGUACUGUUGCGUACUGUGUGUCGGUAUCUGCGUUUUGCUGAUCUGCCGGCUAUCGUCGGCCUCCUUCCAACCGAUGCGCCUCAUGGUCACUCACAUCGGACGACCGAGGUCACCAACCGGGCGCCCAUAGCCCCACUCCGCGGUCGCCACGUUCGUCUAAACCAUCACCACUGCUGCAAUUAA